AUGAUAAAAAAGUGUGAGUCUCAUCAGAAGUAUGAAGAAAAAUUUAUCUGCAUUCACAAAACAAGGCUAUUGAAAGAAGGUAACAAGUUUUCCUGCCUCAAAUGCUUAAAAUGGAAAAAAUCAAAUAAUUACCUAAAAAGUAUAGAAGAACUUGAAGAAGAGGGUAGAGAAAAUGUAGCCAAAUUUCUAGUAAUGCAAAACAAAAUAUUCAAUAUCAAUAAUGAAAUGAAGUAAAAAUAUAUUCAAUAAUUAAAUGAUCUUGGCCAAAAAUUCGAUCACUAUUUUUAAAAAUUAUAAAAGUCCAUCACUUCUAUCAUAGAACAACAAAACCAAAAAUUGACUCAAAAUAUUAACAAAGCAAAUUAACUGUUAAACGAAUAAUCUGUUUUAGAUUCUUAAUCCAUUGAUAAUUUUAUAAUUUUCACUACUUUAAAUGAAGAAAAUUAAUAAAUUCUUGAAAAUAAAUAUACUUAGAUCAAUAAUUGUUUAGAAAGAUAAUUCAAAUACGAAUUUGCUGAGAUUUAAUUGAAAGUAAACUAAUUUACAACGAUAGAAUUUAAUUUUGAUAGCGUUCCAGUAUAUGAGGUAGAAUAAUUUGAAAUUCAAACUGUGGGCAAAAAAAAAGAUUAAUUGCCUUUUUGCAAAGAACACUAGUUGGAAAAAAACUGUAUUUGUACACACGAGGAUUGUUUAAAAGAGCAAAAAAAUGAAUAUAUUUGCCUAGGAUGUGCUAUGAAUAAUCAUGAAUACCAUUAUAAGCGGAACUUUGUAAGAACUUUAAAAAAAAUUAAGAAUGAGUAAUCUGAGAAACUUAAAUUAAUUGAGGAAUAAAAUAAAAUUUUUAAAUAAGAAGUUGAUAGCAGAAUUGAUUAAGAAUUAACAGCAAAUUAAUAAAAACAAUAGGAAAUAUUUAUUGGUUCUUAAACUAUUAGAGAAAAUCUAAAAUUAUUGGAAACCAAGACUAAAAUUGAUUCUUUUAAUCAAAAUCCAAUUUAUAUUUAUCAUAGUAUUGACUAGAAGUUAUUAUCAUAUGAUUCUGAAAUGAUCAAAUUAGAGUUUUAAUCCAAAUUAAAUUAAUUAGAAUAAUUAUAAUCAAAUAUUUCAAAAAUUAAAAAAGAGGAGUUUAAUUAACAAUAUUAAAAUAUUGAAGAAUAAACAUAAAAUUUGAAACAAGAAACAUUUAGAUUAAGGUAAUUAGUGCUUUAAUAAGAAACCAAAAUUUCAGAGUUAGGAAAUGAAUUAAAAGAAACAUCAAAUGAGUCAAUCAUUGCAGAAAUCCAAAAAUCCUAAAAAUUUUUCAUACAAGAAUCCUUUGAAUACUAUAAUAAUAAAUCUAUUGAGAUAAAGAAUUAUAUCAAAUCUUAAGUUGAAUCUAUUCAAUUGAAUAUUUUAGAAAGUAAAUAAAUCACUUCUCUGUAAUAAGACUUAAAAGUUAAUAUAGAAACAAUUAACUAUAUUAAAUAAUAAAUGGAAACUAUUCCAAAGUCUGUUAUAGAAAGUGAACAAUUUAUGACUUUGUCAUAAGAUUUAAAAAAUACUUUAGCGACAAUAAAUUAAGUAAAUUCAUAAAUUGGAACUGUUCCUAAGUCGGUUAUUGAGAGUAAAGAAUUUACUACUUUUUAAUAAGAUUUGAAAAAUGCUUAAACAGCAAUUAAUUAAGUAAAUUCAUAAAUUGGAACUAUUCCAAAGGCUGUUAUUGAAAGUAAAGAAUUUACUACUUUGUAAUAAGAUUUGAAAAAUACUUAAACAGCAAUUAUUUAAGUAAAUUCAUAAAUUGGAACUGUUCCCAAGUCUGUUAUUGAGAGUAAACAAUUUACUACUUUGUAAUAAGACCUCAAAAAUAGUUAAAUGACAAUAAAUUAAUUAAAUUCAUAAAUUGGAACUAUUCCAAAGUCUGUUAUUGAAAGUAAACAAUUUACUACUUUGUAAUAAGACCUCAAAAAUAGUUAAAUGACAAUUAAUUAAAUAAAUUCAUAAAUUGGAACUGUUCCAAAGGCUGUUAUUGAAAGUAAAGAAUUUACUACUUUGUAAUAAGAUUUGAAAAAUACUUAAACAGCAAUUAUUUAAGUAAAUUCAUAAAUUGAAAAUGUUCCAAAGGCUAUUGUUGAAAGUAAACAAUUUACAAAUUUAUAAUCUACGAUAGAAAAUUCCUUUAACUAAACUUAGAUGCAGGUUUAGAAGAUAGAAAAUUCUAUCAAUGAAUAGAAAAAUUCUUUGUAUUCAUAUUAAUUAUUCGAAUCAAAACCUUAAGUUCAGAUUCCUUAUUCUAGAAUUGAUAGUUGUAAGGCUAACAUCAAUAAUAUUAAUCAAAAUUCUGCUAACAACUCGGCUAACAAAAAAAAUUGA